CGGAGCCGGACAUUAUGCAUCGAGCUGAGGGAGACCUGAGGCGGCCGAGCGCGGUGUGAACGUCUAAAGAACGAUAACUGGAGGUGUCUGGUACCCGGACUCAAGGAAAAGGAUUGGCCUUACCCUAGAAUAUGGUACCUCAGUGUUGGUCAGUGAGUUGUCUUGUGCCAGUCAUGGUAAUCCUGAGUUACAUGGCACAUUUCAUCCAGACAGACACCGUGCCAAGUUUUAUCCGAAUCCCUGUGGAUCAGAUUGGAAUUUCUGGAGGAGUGGCCUCAUUUGUGUGCCAGUCAUUUGCAGAACCUAAACCUAGCAUCACCUGGAUGAAAAAAGGCAAGAAAGUCAGUUCUCAGCGAUUUGAGGUGAUAGCAUUUGAUGAUGGCACUGGGUCAGUGCUUCGAAUUCAGCCACUAAGAGCGCCUCGAGAUGAAGCAAUUUAUGAAUGCACAGCGACAAAUAGUGUUGAGAGGAUCACAACAAGUGCCAAAUUAACAGUUCUAGCAGAGGACCAGCUCCCUCAUGGAUUUCCUCAAAUUGACAUGGGCCCACAACUGAAGGUCGUGGAGCGAACCCGCACAGCCACAAUGCUCUGCGCUGCCAGUGGUAAUCCAGACCCUGAAAUCACAUGGUUCAAGGAUUUCUUGCCAGUGGACACUAGCAACAGCAACGGUCGCAUCAAACAACUCCGAUCAGGAGCCCUGCAGAUUGAGAACAGUGAGGAGUCUGACCAGGGCAAAUAUGAAUGUGUAGCAACUAACAGUGCUGGAACCCGUUACUCUGCUCCGGCCAACUUGUACGUAAGAGUGCGGCGUGUUCCCCCGCGGUUCUCUAUCCCACCUACUAGCCAUGAAGUGAUGCCUGGGGGCAGCGUGAAUCUCACCUGUGUAGCUGUGGGGUCGCCCAUGCCCUAUUUGAAGUGGGUGUCGGGAGCAAUAGAACUGACACUGGAAGAGGACAUGCCUGUCGGACGAAAUGUUUUGGAGCUCACGAACAUCAGGGAAUCCAAGAACUACACCUGUGUUGCCAUGUCUUCACUGGGUGUUAUUGAAUCAACAGCUCUAAUAACAGUUAAAGCCUUGCCAAAGCCUCCUACUAUGAUCACUGUCACAGAGACCACUGCUACCAGUGUUACAUUGACGUGGGAAACGGGAAACACGGAAAUGAAUCCAUAUUAUGUGAUUCAGUACAAACCAAAAUCCUCCGAUGGAUCCUUUCAGGAGGUGGAUGGAGUUGCUACGACACGGUACAGCAUUGGAGGACUCAGCCCAUACUCGGAAUAUGAAUUCCAAGUUAUUGAAGUGAACAAUAUUGGUCGGGGUCCUCCCAGUGAAUUAGUAGAAACUCGGACAGGAGAGCAGGCACCAUCCAGCCCACCCUUAAAGGUCCAGGGACGCAUGCUGAGUGCUAGCACUAUGUUAAUCCAGUGGGAGGAGCCAGAAGAGCCCAAUGGACAGAUUCGGGGUUAUCGGGUGUAUUAUACCACAGACUCCAGUUUGUCCAUGAAUAUGUGGCAGAAACAUAAUUUGGAUGAUAGUCUUCUCACAACCAUUGGCAGCUUGAUCACAGGGACUACAUACAGCAUUAAGAUGUUAGCCUUCACUUCAGUGGGAGAUGGACCACCAUCUGAAAUUAUAAAAGUUAAAACCCAGCAGGGAGUUCCUGCUCAGCCAACUGAGUUCCAAGCUGAAGCAGAGUCUGAUACCAGGAUUUCACUUUCUUGGUUGCUGCGUCAACAAGAGAAGAUUAUCAAAUAUGAACUGAUGUACUCUGAAGAGUUUAAUGGAAAAGAGAAAGCAGUGACCUUUGAUCCCACAUCUUCAUACACUGUGGAUGACCUGAAGCCAGACAAAUUAUAUUACUUCCGUUUGGCAGCACGCUCAGAACAUGGAUUAGGAGCGUUCACACAAACCAUCUCCACAAAAACCAUGCAAUCCACCCCCUCCGCCCCACCUCAAGACGUCCAGGGAACCACGUUCAGCUCUACUAGCGUUCGGGUAAGUUGGCAUCCACCGCCAGCAAACAGUCAGAAUGGAGUCAUUACCAAAUACUCCGUUAUAUACCAAGCGGUGGAUAGCGAGGACAAUACAAAACACGUUUUGGACAACAUUGAGGCAGAUGCGACCAGUUGGCUAGUUGAGGGUCUCGAGAAAUGGACCGAGUAUCGUGUCUGGGUAAGGGCUCAUACCAAUGUUGGGCCAGGACCGAAGAGCACACCUGUGAAUAUUCGUACAGAUGAGGAUGUACCCAGUGCUGCUCCACGAAAAGUGGAAUUAGACCCUGUGAACUCGACAGCAAUCAAAGUUACAUGGAAGGCUCCAGUCUACAAUAAGCAGCAUGGACAGAUCCGCGGAUAUCAGAUCAUCUAUGUACGUCUUGUAAAAGGGGAACCUCGAGGCCAACCAACUAUCAAGGAUGUGAUGUUAGCAGAAGCUCAGUGGGAGUCUAAGGACACCCAGGACAAUGAAGCUAUUGUUGUGGGAUUGAUGCCUGAAACGGCUUACUCGGUUACAAUUGCAGCGUACACCACCAAGGGAGAUGGAGCUCGUAGCAAACCUAAGGUGGUUUCGACAACGGGAGCUGUUCCAGGCAAGCCUACUACAAUGAUUAUCAGUGUCACUCGUAUGAACACAGCUCUCAUUCAGUGGCAGCCACCAUCUGAAAUGGUGGGUGAUCUGGUAGGCUAUCGACUGCAAUACAUCCGCAGUGAUGAAGAAAAACCGAAUGUCAUCAAACUAAAUAAGAGCGAUGACCAUUAUACGGUAACAAACUUGCACAAGGGAACCACAUACAUCUUCCGCCUGUGUGCUGAAAACAAAGCUGGAUUUGGUGAGGAGGCUGUGAAACAAGUUCAGAUACAGGAGGACAUACCAAGUGGUUUCCCACAAAACCUGCGUGUUGUAGGGCUUACCACAUCCACAACUGAGCUUUCAUGGGACCCACCCGUUCUGGCUGAAAGGAAUGGAAAGAUGAUCCUCUACACAGUGUUGUUCCGUGAUAUCAACAGCCCAAGAGACCUAAACAACUCAACCAAUGAAACUCGAAUAAUGCUGAGCAAACUGAACCCAGACACCACUUAUGACAUCCGAGUGAGAGCUCAUACUUCCAAAGGGCAUGGACCAUACAGUCCCAGCAUUCAAUCCCGAACCAUGCCAGUCGACCAAGUAUUCGCUAAGAAUUUCCGAGUAAAAGCAGUAAUGAAGACAUCAGUUUUGCUGAGCUGGGAAGUACCAGAAACAUAUAAACCAGGAGUGCCUUUUAAGAUUCUCUAUAAUGGCCAAAGUGUAGAGGUAGAUGGACAAUCAAUGCGUAAACUUAUUACAAAACUUCAGCCUGAUACUGAAUACUCCUUUGUAUUAACAAACCGUGGGAACAGUGCUGGUGGGCUGCAGCAGGUGGUGUCAAUCCGUACAGCUCCAAACUUGCUGCAAACAAAACCAGUCAUCUACAGCAAGGACAUCCAGGAUGGCAAGCUGCCAAUCAACCUACCCAAAGUUCAGACCACAGCUGCUAUCAAGUGGUAUUAUAUUGUAGUGGUGCCACUUGAUAAGACUACACGCACCGUUACACAAAAAUGGCAGAACCCUGAAGAGAUCGAAGUUGAUGAGCUGUUUGAUGGAAUAAGUCAACUAUCACAUGGCAAACGGUAUCGGCGUCAGUCUGAGAGACUAAAGCCAUACAUCGCUGCCCAACUGAAGAAGCUACCUGAUACAUUUAUGCUUGGAGAUGAUCAGUACUAUGGAGUAUUUCAGAACAGACCUCUGUCUUCUAGCAACAGCUACCUGUGCUUUGUUUUGGCAGCGCUGGAAGAAAAAGAUGCGCAGAUGUAUGCUGCCAGUCCAUACUCUGAUCCUAUCCUGGUGGAGAUGACCUCUCCGUCAAAGGCACAGGAUGACCCUGAGAUGCUAUGGGUGAUGGGACCAGUGCUUGCUGUUGUUUUAAUAAUAAUUAUUGUCAUCGCCAUCCUCCUGUUCAAAAGGAAAAGAGCGAGCUCUCCAUCUGCUAAAGAUGAUGUUCCUGGUGGAAAAGACCCAUUGCUGGCACACUCUUCAGAUCCAGUAGAAUUGAGACGACUGAAUUAUCAGACUCCAGGUCCAAGUGUCCCCAGUUGCCCAAACAACUCAAGCAUGAGAGAUCAUCCACCGAUCCCUAUCACAGAUCUUGCUGACAACAUUGAAAGGCUAAAGGCUAAUGAUAAUCUGAAGUUCUCACAGGAGUACGAGUCCAUUGAUCCUGGUCAGCAAUUCACCUGGGAAAAUUCUAACAUGGAAGUCAACAAACCGAAAAACCGAUAUGCCAAUGUCAUUGCAUAUGACCACUCUAGAGUUAUCCUGACUUCUGUCGAUGGAGUACCAGGCAGUGACUACCUCAAUGCCAAUUACAUUGAUGGAUACAGGAAACAGAAUGCCUACAUUGCGACACAGGGCCCACUACCAGAAACACUCAGUGACUUUUGGCGAAUGGUCUGGGAGCAAAGGACUGCCACCUUAGUCAUGAUGACAAGAUUGGAGGAAAAAUCAAGGGUGAAAUGUGAUCAAUACUGGCCAUGCCGUGGCACAGAGACAUAUGGAAUGAUUCAGGUUUCUCUGUUGGAUACCGUGGAGCUAGCAACAUAUUCUGUCCGGACAUUUGCACUAUACAAGAAUGGCUCAAGUGAAAAACGGGAGGUGCGUCAGUUCCAGUUCAUGGCCUGGCCAGAUCACGGCGUUCCAGAAUAUCCAACUCCAAUCCUGGCCUUUCUGAGGAGGGUUAAAGCCUGUAAUCCCGCAGAUGCCGGCCCAAUGGUGGUGCACUGCAGUGCUGGCGUGGGCCGAACUGGCUGCUUUGUUGUAAUCGAUGCAAUGCUGGAACGAAUGAAGCACGAGAAGACUGUUGAUAUAUAUGGUCACGUCACCUGCAUGAGAGCACAGCGGAAUUACAUGGUGCAGACAGAGGAUCAGUACAUCUUCAUUCAUGAGGCUCUCCUCGAGGCCGCAACAUGCGGAAACACAGAGGUUCCUGCAAGAAGUCUCUUUGCCCACAUACAGAAACUCACACAGGUUCCUCCAGCAGAGACAGUCACAGCCAUGGAGCUGGAAUUCAAGCGCCUGGCAAACUCCAAAGCACAUACCUCACGAUUCAUCAGUGCCAACCUCCCUUGUAACAAGUUCAAGAACCGGCUUGUGAACAUCAUGCCAUAUGAGUCCACCCGAGUCUGCCUACAGCCAAUACGAGGGGUUGAAGGCUCGGACUACAUCAAUGCCAGCUUCAUUGAUGGAUAUAGACAGCAAAAGGCUUAUAUUGCAACACAGGGACCCCUGGCAGAGACCACUGAAGAUUUCUGGCGCAUGUUGUGGGAACACAAUUCCACCAUUGUAGUCAUGCUCACGAAACUGCGGGAAAUGGGACGAGAAAAGUGCCACCAGUACUGGCCAGCAGAGCGCUCUGCCCGCUAUCAGUACUUUGUAGUGGAUCCUAUGGCUGAGUACAGCAUGCCACAAUACAUCCUACGGGAGUUCAAAGUAACGGAUGCCAGGGAUGGUCAGUCUCGAACAAUCCGACAGUUCCAAUUCACUGACUGGCCUGAACAAGGAGUGCCAAAAACCGGAGAGGGAUUCAUCGAUUUUAUCGGUCAGGUGCACAAAACCAAGGAACAGUUUGGGCAGGAUGGACCUAUCACUGUACACUGCAGCGCCGGGGUGGGACGGACUGGAGUAUUCAUUACUCUGAGUAUUGUACUGGAGCGGAUGAGGUAUGAGGGAGUGGUUGACAUGUUUCAGACAGUGAAGACCUUACGAACACAGAGGCCUGCCAUGGUGCAGACUGAGGAUCAGUACCAGUUGUGUUACCGAGCUGCGCUGGAGUACCUCGGGAGCUUUGAUCACUAUGCAACGUAACUUCUAUCAUCCAAUCAGAACUUGCGACUUUCAGGACCCAGAAAGUGAUUUUUUCGAGCCAUAUCAAAUCGUUGUUCAGUUUUCCUUUACAGUGAAUCGUAAACGGCGCAGUGAUCUCAGCGACUCCAAUUCCACCGUGAUCCUUAGGCUAAGCAGGAACUGUUUGGACCUGUCUUAAUUCCAAACGCAUCUCAAAUCCUUUUCACUUUGUGCAUGAGAUUCCCCUUUUUUAAUUACUAUAAUUUUAGCUGAAGUAAAGUGCACCAAUUUCCUUUUGGGUUUUAACUGGGAUGCCAUUUGCAGUUUUAUAAAUCUUUUUAUUAAAACUGGUAAUUUUUCCCGAAAUUAAAAUGUUUUGCUUGAUGGCAAAACAGGAUUCAUUAUGCUGUAAAUGCUUUUUUAUUUUAUUAUCAGUUAAGUUUUAUAUUUUUGUUUCUGCUGAUUUUAGGGUUCUUUGUGUUUGUUGCAGAGCUGCCCAUUUUAGUGCAGUUCUGUAUUUGAUCCUGGUGACUGGAAUCUUAAACCACUGUUCUGAUUAUAGCUGCUGUAUCUACUCCUAGGUAUAGACAAAUGAAUAAAUUGAACUGGAGCUUAACCUCUUAUAUGAUAGCAUUUUCUCUCCAGAUACUGUACAAUACAAAACUGUUAACAAUGAAUAAAGCAGGAGCCUGGUGCUAGUGAUGAAUUUAAUAAAAACAAGGGAUGCAUUAUGGUUUUGUACAGUUUCUUAAUAUGACUGAUUCGAUUAUUUUCUCGUUUAAAAAAAAUAAUAAAAAGUUAGAAAAAAAUACUCCUCAGAUACCCUGAUAUUCUGUUCAAUCUACUGGAGAAAAUGUCAAACUGGAUUGAAACAAACCCAAUAUAAACAGGAUUACAGACCUUGUCACAAACCUUCAGUCGUCGACCCAGAGAUGAACUGGGACCAAGAACAUAUAUUCCUCACCAAUUACAUCAACUUUUUUUUGUUUCAUAUUGACUAUUCUGCGAGAGUUAAGACUGCUAAGCAUUCCCUUACAAAUAGCCUGAACUUUCCAAUCAACUAUUAUGGUGGGUUUGACGUUCUGUAACGGUAUAAUCUUCUGUCAUUCUAUGAAGCUAAUGCAGUAAGGAGACUGAAUUUCUCCUGGGUGUGGAAAUGGGGAAGGUGGUGGAUGAAUUCUACAUAUAAUCAACUAGUCAGAAUGUUAUUGACUGUAACCUGAUUUGAAAGGGUUGAAAUGUUUGGAACGCACUCAUUUUUACCUUGUGUAUGCAUAGUGCUGUAGGGGUUACUCUGUUGUAUACACAGUCUGUUUUCUAUUUGUUAAUAAAUGAUACCAUCAUUGGAAAAGUCUUGAUGUUAAUAAAGUUGAAUAAUCAGGUUUUAUACAA